AUGUCUUGUCAAAGGGGGAUUCCGCCGGACACGCAGAGACACAGAGCAGCUCGUCAGCUCACCCGUCCGAAGUAUCCCGCCAGCCGGUCCGUCUCAAGCAGCUCGUCAGCUCACCCGUCUCAAGCAGCUCGUCAGCUCUCCCCUCCGAAGUAUCCCGCCAGCCGGUCCGUAUCAAGCAGCUCGUCAGCUCACCCGUCUCAAGCAGCUCGUCAGCUCUCCCCUCCGAAGUAUCCCGCCAGCCGGUCCGUCUCAAACAGCUCGUCAGCUCACCCGUCUCAAGCAGCUCGUCAGCUCACCCGUCCGAAGUAUCCCGCCAGCCGGUCCGUCUCAAGCAGCUCGUCAGCUCACCCGUCUCAAGCAGAUCGUCAGCUCACCCGUCUCAAGCAGCUCGUCAGCUCUCCCCUCCGAAGUAUCCCGCCAGCCGGUCCGUCUCAAGCAGCUCGUCAGCUCACCCGUCUCAAUCAGCUCGUCAGCUCUCCCCUCCGAAGUAUCCCGCCAGCCGGUCCGUCUCAAACAGCUCGUCAGCUCACCCGUCCGAAGUAUCCCGCCAGCCGGUUCGUCUCAAGCAGCUCGUCAGCUCACCCGUCUCAAGCAGCUCGUCAGCUCACCCGUCUCAAGCAGCUCGUCAGCUCACCCGUCUCAAGCAGCUCGUCAGCUCACCCGUAUCAAGCAGCUCGUCAGCUCACCCGUCCAAAGUACCUCGUCUGCCCAUCCAUCUUGAGUAACUCGUUUACUCGUCCGUCCGAAGUGUCUCUCCGACCUGCCCGCCCAAAAUAA